AUGGACUGGGCCUACUCUCAGUGGAAGCAGGAGCUUUCGUCUACAGCUCUGCAGAAAGUGAAUGCCCUGGAGGAAAAGGUAGAAAAGCUACAGAAAGAGAAACAGCAGAAGCAAUUUCAGUGUGAACAUUUGGAGCUAUCACUUAGUAAAGAGAAGCACAAGGUAGAAGAUGUGAAACAGCAAGUAGCUCAAUUGGAACGUGAAGUACAGUCCCUUGCCGACCAAUGCAAAUUCAAUGAGCAGAAGAACCAGAAAUUGCUGACUGAUGUGCAGAACAGGGAUCAACGCAUCAACAACUUGGAAGGUCAACUCUGCCAAGCAAAGAAACAGACUAGUCGGUUGCAUCAGAUGGAGAAAGACCUGGAAGAUCUACAGCAGUUGCGAGAAUCGGCCAAUGAAGAGAAACUCAAACGAGAGCAGAGUUUGAUAGGAAAGCAUGCUGAUGUUAUUUCCAAACUGGAAUGCCAGAUAAAAGUGUUGCAAGAUAAAUCUAAUUGUAGCAAUAAAGAAAAUACUACUAAUGGCACUCCUGCAUCAGCCGGGAAAUCAUCUCUUAGCUUAUGGAAUAACUUUGUGACUCCGAUGAAAGACAAAAGCUAUAGACAUCGCAGUGAGUCUGAUGGUUUUGAAAACACCACAAGUGAUAAGGAACAAGCUCUUCAGAAGCGCUUGAAACAGAUCAGUCAAGAAUUGGACUGCCAAAGGCAUAAUUUUGAAGCAGCAAAAUCCACUAUGGAACAAAAAUUUAAGGAUACAGAAAACUCUUUGAAAGCAGACCUGAAGAACCAAUCACAAGUUAUUGCCGAUCUGGAUAAGGAAUUGAAAGAAACAAAAAACAAAUAUUUACAGGAAGUGAACCAUAAUAGUAAGAAGUUGGAUAUUACAAAUCUUCAAUUACAGAAAGCCAUAGAAUUGAAAACACAACUUGAAAAAGAUCUAAAAAGUUUCGAGUCAAAAUUCAGUGCCCAAGAAAGCCGCCUCAUUAGCAAUGAUGAAGAACUGGCUCGUCUCAAAUCGGCCUGUGAGGCUUCUGCAGCAGAAAAAACAAGACUGGAAAAGGAGUUGCGAACACUGAAUACACGCAAUGCUUCGCUGCUGGAAGAAAUGAAAACGCUUCAGGUACAACUUGAGGGAAGUACAAAUCUGGUCAAGGAGAAAGAGACUUCCUUAAUAAACACUUGCAAUGACCUGAAGGCUGCCGUUAAGAAACAAGAGGAAUUAACGAGACUAGUUUCAGCUCAAGAGCAAACUAUUUACACUAUUCAGAGUGAAAAAGCUGCAUUUGAAGAUGCACACAACAAGUCGCAGUCUCUAAUUGAGGAACAUAAAAUUACAAUGAAGAGAAUGGAAACUGACAGUGAAGCACUGGAGGCAAAGCUAAAAGAAAAGGAGUGCUUGAUUUUCAACCUUGAGCAGAACCUUAAUGACAUGGCCCUGAAAGAGACUUCACUUGCAAAGGAACUUGGAAAGAUGGAGAACGAGAAGAAAGCCUUGGAAGAGAAAUUAAGUGAAGAAAAAGAAUAUAACCAGUCUUUACAAAAGCAAACUUUUACCCAAGGGCAAACUAUUUCAACUUUAGAAAAUGAAAAAGCGGCUUUAGAAGAAGCACUUAGCAAAUCGCAAACUAGAAUUGAAGAAAAUGAAAUUACAAUCAAAAAAAUGGAAACUGACAGUGAAGCACUUGAGGCAAAGAUAAAAGAACAGGAAAUCUCCAUGCUUAACCUCGAAAAAGACUUGAAUGAUAUGAUCAUGAAGGAUAUUUCUCACACAAGUGAGUUCCAAAAAAUGGAAGUGUUGAACAAAGCACUGGAAAAGGAACUGAAAGAGCAAAAAGAAUGCAAUUCUUCAUUUCAAGCACAACUAGAAAAUAUAGAAACUCUGAAGACCCAAGUUUUAGCCCAAGAGCAAACUAUUUCUUCUUUUGAAAAAGAAAAUGCUGCUUUAGAGGAAGCACUCUGUCAGUUACGAACUCAAAUGGAAGAAAAUGAAAUUUCGCUCAAGAAAAUGGAAGCUGACUGUGAAGCAUAUGAAGCAAAGCUGAGGGAUAAGGAGUGCUCGAUCUGCAACCUUGAGCAGAAUUUGAAAGACAUGGUCUUGAAAGAGGCUUCACAUGCAAGUGAACUUGAAAAAAUGGAAAGCGAGAAGAAGACCUUGGAAGAGAACUUGAGGGAAGAAAAGGAAAAUAAUCAAUCUUUACAAGUGCAGCUGGAGAUUUUUGAGACACUAAAGAGCCAAGUUUUAGCCCAAGAACGAGCUAUUUCAUCUUUUGAAAGAGAAAAGGCUGCUUUAGAAGAAGCACUGUGCAGGUCACGAACUCAAAUUGAAGAAAAUGAAAUUUCUAUUAAACAAAUGGAAGUUUACAAUGAAUCUUACGAAGCAAAGCUAAGAGAUAAGGAGUGCUCCAUCUGCAACCUUGAGCAGAACUUAAAUGAUAUGCUCCUGAAAGAGGGCUCACAUGCAAGUGAACUGGAAAAGAUGGAGAGCGAGAAAAAAGUCUUGGAAGAGAAAUUGGGGGAAGAAAAGGAGUGGAACCAAUCUUUACAACUGCAGCUGGAGAAUUUAGAGACUCUAAAAAGCCAAGUUUUAGCUCAAGAGCAAGAUAUUUCAACUAUCAAAAAUGAAAAGGAGGCUUUAGAGGAAGCCCUAUGCAGGUUACGAACUCAAAUUGAAGAUUACGAAAUUGCAAUAAAGAAAAUGGAAGCUGACACUGAGGCAUAUGAAGCAAAGCUAAAAGAUAAGGAGUGCUCCAUCUGCAACCUUGAGCAGAACUUAAAUGAUAUGCUCCUGAAAGAGGCCUCACAUGCAAGUGAACUGGAAAAGAUGGAGAGCGAGAAAAAAGUCUUGGAAGAGAAAUUGGGGGAAGAAAAGGAGUACAACCAAUCUUUACAACUGCAGCUGGAGAAUUUAGAGACUCUAAAAGCAAAGCUGAGGGAUAAGGAGAGCUCAAUCUGCAUCCUUGAGCGGAACCUAAAUGAUAUGGUCCUGAAAGAGGCUUCACAUGCAAGUGAGCUUGAAAAGAUAGAGAGCGAGAAGAAGGCCUUGGAAGAGAAAUUGAGGGAAGAAAACGAAUACAAUCAGUCUUUACAAGUGCAGCUGGAGAAUUUUGAGACACUGAAGAGCCAAGUUUUAGCCCAAGAGCAAGAUAUUUCAACUAUCAAAAAUGAAAAAGUAGCUUUAGAGGAAGCACUAUGCAGAUUACAAACUCAAAUUGAAGAAUACGAAAUUGCAAUAAAGAAAAUGGUAGCUGACAGUGAAGCAUAUGAAGCAAAGCUAAAAGAAAAGGAGUGCUUGAUCUAUGACCUUAAGCAAAACUUAAAUGAUAUGGUACUGAAAGAGGCCUCACGUGCAAGUGAACUGGAAAAGAUGGAGAAUGAGAAGAAGGUCUUAGAAGAGAAAUUGAAGGGAGAAAAUGAAUAUAAUCUGUCUUUACAAGUGCAGCUGGAGAAUUUAGAGACACUGGAGAGCCAAGUUUUCUUGCAAGAGCAAACUAUUUCAACUAUCGAAAAUGAAAAAGCAGCUUUAGAGGAAGCGCUCUGUAAGUCACGAACUCAAAUUGAUGAAAAUGAAAUUUCUAUCAAGAAAAUGGAAGCUGAUAGUGAAGUAUAUGAAGUAAAGCUAAGGGAUAAAGAGUGCUCAAUCUGCAACCUUGAGCAGCAGUUAAAAGACAUGGUCCUGAAGGAGGCUUCAUAUACAAAUGAACUUGAAAAGAUACUGACGGAGAAGAAAGCGUUGGAAGAAAAAUUGAAGGAAGAAAAGGAAUACAAUCAGUCUUUACAAGUGCAGCUAGAGAGUUUCGAGACACUAAAGGCAAGCAAUGUGAAAGAUUUCUGUAGGCAAGAGCAGCAUUUUUCAACUGUGGAAAAUGAAAAGGUGGCUUUAAAAGAUGCACUGGACAAGUUAAAAACCCAAAUUGAAGAAAAUGAAAUUACUCUCAGGAAAAUGGAAACUGAGUGUGAAGCAUAUGAGGCAAAGCUAAAAGAUAAGGAGUGCUCCAUCUGCAACCUUGAGCAGAACUUAAAUGAUAUGGUCCUGAAAGAGGCCUCAAAUGCAAGUGAACUGGAAAAAAUGGAGAGCGAAAAGAAGGUCUUGGAAGAGAAACUGGAGGUAGAAAAGGAGUACAACCAAUCUUUACAACUGCAGCUGGAGAAUUUAGAGACACUAAAAGCAAAGCUAAGAGAUAAGGAGUGCUCAAUCAGCAACCUUGAGCAGAACUUAAAUGAUAUGGUCCUGAAAGAAGCUUCAUAUGUAAGUGAAUUGGAAAAGAUGGAGAGUGAAAAGAAAGCCUUGGAAGAAAAAUUGAAGGAAGAAAAGGAAUACAGUCAAUCUGUAGUUUUUCAACUACAGAAUUUAGAGACACUGAAGAGCCAAGAUUUAGCUCAACAGCAAAGCUUUUCUACUUUUGAAAAUGAAAAAGCAGCUUUAGAAGAAGCACUCAGCAAGUCACAAACUCUAAUUGAGGAAAUUGAAAUUGUAAUCAAGAAAAUGGAAGCUGACAGCGAAGCAUAUGAGGCAAAGCUAAAAGAUCAAGAGUGCUCAAUCUGCAGCCUUGAGCAGAACUUAAAUGAUAUGGUCCUGAAAGAGGCCUCACAUUCGAGUGAACUGGAAAAGAUGGAGAGAGAGAAGAAGGUCUUGGAAGAGAAAUUAGGGGAAGAAAAGGAGUACAACCAAUCUUUACAACAACAGCUGAAGAAUUUAGAGACACUGAAGAGCCAAGUUUUAGCCCAAAAGCAAACUAUUUCUACCUAUGAAAAUGAAAAAGCGACUUUAGAAGAAGCACUCAGCAAGUCACAAGCUCAAAUUGAAGAAAAUGUAAUUAUAAUAAAGAAAAUAGAAGCUGACUGCGAAGCCUUUGAGGUGCAAAUUGAGAUGCUGCAAGAAACUAUUUCGAAUGUGGAAUCUGAAAAGGCAUUUCUGCAGGAAGAAUUGGCAAAUGCAAAAUGUGAGAUGCAAGAGAUUGGAGCUUGGAUUAGUAAUACGACAACUACUGCUGAGGCAUGUGAAAAUAGAAUAAAAGAACUGGAAAAUAUAUUCAGUAAGAUACAACAAUCUCAGGACUCGCCCAAAAAAUGCGGCAAUGAACAAGAGGAGUUGUCUUCAAUUGAAAAAGGUGGAUUGUUAUUGGGAUCCAUAGCUACUAUGCGAAAUGUUCUCACAUUCAGAGACUGCAGCUUCGUCCUGGUUAUGAACUCAUCGGUUGGGAAUAAAAAACCUUCCUUUCCCAGUAACAGUUGUUUGCAAGGACUUUCCUCAAUAUCCACUGAAAAAUCUGAGUUGGUCACCAAGUUGCAAGCCUCUUUGAAUGACAAGGACAAUGUUAUAUCUGAUUUGAAGGUGAAAGGAAAUGAGUUUGAAAGCAUGUUGAAAGAAAAGGAUGAUUUGAUUGUUGAACUGAAUUCCUGUAUAGAAGAGUUACAGUCAUCUUUAAUUGAGAAAGAAACCACAAUUUCAGAAAUGAAUUCUAAAAUGGCUGAACUGGUGACAUCCUCUGAUGACAAAGAUUGUCGAAUUUCCCAAAUGAGCCUUAAAAUGGAUGAACUCCAGUUCUCAUUGAAUGAAAAUUCUGAAUUGGUUACCAACUUAGAAGCCUCUUUGAAUGACAAAGACAAGAUUAUAUCAGACUUGAAGGUGGAAGGAAGUGAACUAGAAAGCAUGUUGAGAGAAAAGGAUGAUUUGAUUGUAGAACUGAAUUCCUGUAUAGAAGAGUUACAGUCAUCUGUAAUUGAGAAAGAAACCACAAUUUCAGAAAUGAAUUCUAAAAUGGCUGAACUGGUGACAUCCUCUGAUGACAAAGAUUGUCGAAUUUCCCAAAUGAGCCUUAAAAUGGAUGAACUCCAGUUCUCAUUGAAUGAAAAUUCUGAAUUGGUUACCAACUUAGAAGCCUCUUUGAAUGACAAAGACAAGAUUAUAUCAGACUUGAAGGUGGAAGGAAGUGAACUAGAAAGCAUGUUGAGAGAAAAGGAUGAUUUGAUUGUAGAACUGAAUUCCUGUAUAGAAGAAUUACGGUCAUCUUUGAAUGAGAAAGAAACCAUCAUCUUGGAAAUGAGUUCCAAAGCAGCUGAACUGAUAACGUCCUCCAAUGAUAAAGAUUGCCAAAUUUCACAACUGAACAUUAAAACAGAUGACCUCCAAUCAUUGUUAAAUGAAAAUUCUGAAUUGGUUACCAACUUACAAGCCUCUUUGAAUGACAAAGACAAGAUUAUAUCAGAUUUGAAGGUAGAAGGAAAUCAACUUGAAGGCAUUUUGAGAGAAAAAAAUCUUUUGAUUACUGACUUGAAUUCCUGUAUAGCAGAUUUACAGUCAUCUUUGAAUGAAAAAGAAACCAUCAUCUUGGAAAUGAGUUCCAAAGCAGCUGAACUGGCAGCGUCCUCUGAUGAUAAAGAUUGCCAAGUUUCACAAAUGAACAUUAAAACAGAUGAACUCCAGUCAUUAUUAAAUGAAAAUUCUGAAUUAGUUACCAACUUACAAGCCUCUUUGAAUGACAAAGACAAGAUUAUAUCAGAUUUGAAGGUGGAAGGAAGUGAACUACAAAGCAUAUUGAAAGAAAAAAAUCUUUUGAUUAAUGACCUGAAUUCCCAUACAGAAGAUUUACGGUUAUCUGUAAUUGAGAAGGAAGCCACAAUUUCAGAAAUGACUUCAAUAACAGCUGAACUGGUGCAAUCCUCUAAUGAUAAAGAUUGCCGAAUUUCACAAAUGAACAUUAAAAUGGAUGAACUCCAGUUCUCAUUGAAUGAAAAUUCUGAAUUGGUUACCAACUUACAAGCCUCUUUGAAUGACAAGGACAAGAAAAUAUCAGACUUGAAGGUGGAAGGAAGUGAACUAGAAAGCAUGUUGAAAGAAAAGGAUGAUUUGAUUGUAGAACUGAAUUCCUGUAUAGAAGAAUUGCGGUCAUCUUUGAAUGAGAAAGAAACCAUCAUCUUGGAAAUGAGUUCCAAAGCAGCUGAACUGGCAGCCUCCUCUACUGAUAAAGAUUGCCAAGUUUCACAAAUGAACAUUAAAGCAGAUGAACUCCAGUCAUUAUUAAAUGAAAAUUCUGAAUUAGUUACCAACUUACAAGCCUCUUUGAAUGACAAAGACAAGAUUAUAUCAGAUUUGAAGGUGGAAGGAAGUGAACUAGAAAGUAUUUUGAAAGAAAAGGAUGAUUUGAUUGUUGAACUGAAUUCCUGUAUAGAAGAAUUACGAUUAUCUUUGAAGGAGAAAGAAACCAUUAUCUUUGAAAUGAGUUCCAAAGCAACUGAACUGGCAACAUCCUCUGAUGACCGAAUUUCCCAAAUGAACAUUAAAACAAAUGAACUCCAGUUGUUAUUGAAUGAAAAAUCUGAAUUGGUCAUCAACUUAGAAGCCUCUUUGAAUGACAAAGACAUGAUUAUAUCAGAUUUGAAGGUAGAAAGAAGUGAACUUGAAAACAUAUUAAAAGAAAAAAAUCUUUCGAUUAAUGACCUGAAUUCCUGUACAGUAGAGUUACGGUUAUCUGUAAUUGAGAAGGAAGCUACAAUUUCAGAAAUGACUUCAAUAACAGCUGAACUGGUGACAUCAUCUAAUGAUAAAAAUUGCCAAAUUUCACAAAUGAACAUCAAAAUGGAUGAACUCCAGUCAUCACUGAAUGAAAAUUAUGAAUUGGUCACUAACUUGCAAGCGUCUUUAAAUGAGAAAGACAAAGUAAUUUCAGAUUUGAAGAUGGAAAGAAGUAAUGUUGAAAACGUUUUGAGCAAAAAAGAUCAUUUGAUUACUACUCUGAAUUCGUCCAUUGAACAACUACAGUCAUCCUUAAAUGAUAAACAAAAUGAUGCAGCUUUGCAGUUGAAAAGUAAUGAAAUUCUAGAACUUUGUACUAAACUUUCUGAACUUGAAUCAUUGUUAAAUGCCAAAGAAAAUUUAAUUUUGGAAAAGAAUACCGAGAUAACUGAACUUGAAUCUCGUUUAGCAGAUACUUUACUUCUUCAGACAAAUUCUGCAACCAUUGAGUUUCAGUCGUUGCUGAAAAUUAUAGAAAUUUUUAUUUCGAAAUUCAAUAACUUAACUGCGCAAACCCAGUCAUCAUUUAAUCAUAAACAUCUUACUACAUCAGAAAUAGACCUUAAAGUAAAUGAUUUUCUUGAAUCUCUAAAUUGUGAAGAUGAAGAUGCUUCUUCACAGAGAGAUGUUCAACCAUCUUUAAUCCAUAAAUGUGGUGAGUUAUCAGAAGUUCUGUCAAGAAUUGCUGAACUACGGACUACUCUGAGUCAGCAAGAGAGUUCAAUUGUUGAAUUGAAUGUCACCAUUGAGCAACUUAAGUAUUCUCUUUCAAAUAAAGACCAUUUGCUAUCAGAAUUGAAAACUGAUAUCAGUGAGCUUCAGUCAUCAAUCAAUAACAAAGAUGAGACAAUUUUAGAACUAAAUCUAAAGAUACAAGAAUUGCAAACUAAUUUAGAAAACUGUGAAAAAAAGCUACAUGAAAAUGAUGUUCGUUAUAAUGAACUGCUCAUGAAUUGUGAGAAAAUAGAAAGUAACUUGAACUUGAAAGAAAAUGAAAUUUCUCGCCUGAACAAAGACUUUGAGGGAAAAUGUUCAGAAAUUGAAAACUUGAAUAUUGAGGGAUUGAAUUAUGUAAAUGAAAUAUCUAGCUUAAGAGAGGAUAUGAAGCAAAAAUGCAUGGAAAUUGAAAGUUUGGACAUAAAGUGCUCAAAUUAUGAGAGUGAAAUAAAGAAGCUCAGUCUAACAUUGGAAUAUGAGAAGAAUUUGGUCCGUGAACUAUCAUCAGAAAAGGAGAAGUCCUCGUCGUUGGCCAACGAUGAAUCUAAUGAGAUUGAAUCAUUGAUGAAACAGGUUGAUAGUCUUAAGAAGGCGAAUGAGAUGCUGAGUAUCACUCUUGAAAAUGUAGAAGAAGAACUGCAAGCUGUUUAUUCAGAAAAGCAAAGCAUUGCAGAAAGCGUCGAGAAAAACCUUUUGGAAAUUGAGGAGCAGAAGCAAGUGAUUGCUUCAUUGAAAGAAGAGAACGAAAAGGAAAAAGAACUUGUGUGUAAACUGCAAUCUUCACUCGAUAAAUCUGUUGAGGAUUAUAAGCAUAUACUGAAAAGAAAUAAUGAGUCUGAAAUGGAUGUGAAAGUUCUAAAAUCUGUGCUGCAGGAGCAUGAAGUUUCGUUGCUUGAAAUAAAUGGCAAACUCAAAGAAAAAGACUGCUUGAUGAACAAAUUAAAUAGUAAAAAUGAAGAUCUCAAACAAGAUAUUGAGUUACUUCAGGUAGAUUUGGAGAUAGAGAGAGAGAAUAAUGUAAUAUUGAAAGAGGAUUUGGCCAGUAAAUCUGCCGAGAUUGAACUGAUCGCCAAAGAGAGAAAUGAUUUGGUCAAUCAGCUGGAAUGUUGCAGGCAAUCCAGGGAGGAAAAGGAAAUCAUCAUGAUGAAUGAAAGUGAUAAGAAGCAUUUUGAAAGUGAUAUUGCAAAGCUUAAGGAGGAACUUGCGACUCAGACAAAAGAAAAUAUUGCACUUGUUAGUGAUUUAAAAAGUAAAACCUCCAAGAUUUUAAAGCUGGAAUCCGAUCUUAUGAUCCAUUCUUCCUCUAAAACUUUAAAUGAAGACUUUCAAUCUAGAUUUUGCAUCGUCAUCAAGUCACUCGAAGAUUCCGUUGUUAAAAUCAACGAUCUCUGCGAUUCCUCGAAAAUAGAAUGGCCAGGUGGAAUUGGACCAAAAAUCGAUGAAAAUUCAUCUGUGGAUGCUUUACUGAAUGUAUUGCAAAGAAGUGAGUAUCUGCUAAAAUGUUAUUGUGAGCCUCUGAAAGACAGAAUUGUAAAAAAAGAAAAUGAAGCUCAAGAUCUGGCUGAGAAGUUGAAUGGAGUCAAACAAUUGGCCUCGGCAGAAACUGAAAAAGUAUCCAAACUGACAGAAGAAACCAAAGAACUAAACAUGAAGUGCGAAGAAGUUGGUUGUCGCAACAAACUCCUGGAAGCUGACUUGGGAUGCCUACAGGAAAAAUAUCAUCACCUCUUGGAGAGAUAUGAAGAAAUGAAGAAUGAAAUCGAGAAACUAGAGCAAGAGAAAACAUUGUUGAGUGAAGAGAUGAAAACAGUGGCACAAGAGCAAAAACUUCAGCUAGAGAGCUUGGAAGAAAAACACAAUCGCAUGGCUGAAGUCUGUGCAGAGAAACAAGCUGCAAUUGAGAAGUUGGAGAAAGAAAAACAAGAAUUGGAGGAAGAGGCAGAUGAUCUGGCAGAAGCUGUGAAAGUGGCUCAAAAUGAGCUGAACAACAUCCCCGAUGACUUUGUCUGUACCUUGAAAGAGCUCGGGGACGUGAGGCGUAUGCUGGAUGACACUCGUAAAGAGAACCAACGAUUGGAGAAACUCCUGUUUGUGACAGAGCAAGAAAGAAGCUCUUCGAACCUAAGUAGAAAUGUCUCCCAGAAAGACACAGGUUGAGAGAUGCCUCAUUCCAUCAUUUUAAGAUCAGUUUGCUGUGCCAUCUCAACCAAAACGUAGUUUUUGCUUCAUGAUGCCCAGAAAGUUAUUUUAAUU